CACGGGCUUAGUUGCUCCGCCGCAUGUGGGAUCUUCCUGGACCAGGGCUUGAACCCGUGUCCCCUGCAUUGGCAGGUGGAUUCUUUAACCACUGUGCCACUAUGGAAGCCCACUUCUGCCUUUGUAUUGAGAGUUUUCAGUGACCUCCAGUCAGGCAGAGCUCGGGAUAUGGGAGUGGGAAAGCCCUGAGGGAAGCUCCAGUAGCUGGGCGGGGUUGGAGCUAAGCUUGGACCGAUGCGGGCAUCCCCACCUGCCUGGGCGGGUGGUCCCUUGAGAGCCUGCUUCGGCUCUCUGCAAAGCGGACUAAGCCCAGCUUGACUCUCAUUGGCUUAACGGAGGUAAGUGACAGAUCCUGAGCCAAUGGAAGGUAAAAACUGCCCAGCACCCGCCUAAUUCGGGUGCUGCUUCUAGGGCCUCAGGCCCGCGCGUGUCCAUUAAAUAGCUGCCGCCAUCUCAGACAGAGAGGACUGACAGGCGGCGCCCGUCACUGGGGUCGCUUGUCGCCAACCCCUUAUUAGUUCUUUCUGAUCGUCCCCCAAGUGUUUCUAAUACUGACUCCGCGGCCCCGCGCGUGCCUGCGGAGGACGGGACCAUCUGGCCCAACGAGCCCACGCCCACCAAAGGUUUCGCCCACUCCCCGCCGGAGGCCGCAGCGGCCUAGCGUAGGCCUUGGGACCGGUUUGAUCGAGCUGGGACUGGACAGGCCGCGGCGGGGAUCGCCGGAACCGAGGUGAGCUUGUCCCAAGGCUGUCCUCCCCGCGCGGUGACAUCACCCCUCUCUCUGGUGAUUGGCCCCGGGGAGGCGGCGGCAGCCAAUGGGCGCCUCGCUCAGGGCGCGGCUCUUCAAACCUUUCCUUCUUGCGGCUGCCAGCCAGGUCCUGGGCUGGGUGGUGACUCGUUCCUGGGUGGCCGCCCUGCGCCCCGGCCUUUCCUCCUCCCUCAAGACUGCCCAUCGGAAGGAGCUGCCUGAGGCGGUGGAGGGCACAGGGUCAAGAUUAAGGUCAGAGGCUUACUAGGGCUGGGAUUUGACCCGGAAGGGGUAGGAGCCCAGGCCCGGGUCAAGGAGAGAUCCAGGACCUGACUUCACAGGCUUGAAAAUGCCAAUGAAAUUCUGAUCAAGCCGAACAUGCUGUACGGAAAAAAGUGGCCUUACCGUGCCACUCGACUGUGCGUUUGUCUCCCAUUUAUGCGUGAGCUCCUUGGAAGUAGACAUCGGUCCUUCUCAAUGACUUAGCCUAAGGGAUCAAUAAAUGCAUGUGGAACGAAUAAAUGACUAGAUAAGGUCCAGUUGAAAUUGUGUUUAUAUAGGUCCCUGAAAAUCCAGUGGUCAUUUUUAUCAAUUCUAAGUACUGGACUUAAUAAGCUGAUACCGUGUGCUUGCCAUGGUAGGUGCCAACACUUGAACCCUUUAUUUGCAUCUGUUCCAAAUAAUUCUACAAGGUACGUACAAACAUCACCUCUCCUACUCCCCAGCUUUGUGAAACUGAAGAAAUUGAAUUGGAUUGAGAGAGUUUAAGUAAAUUGGCUGAGGACACAGGCACUGGUAGCUGCAGAGGCAAACAUGUGAACCCUGGAACUGGUCCUAACCCGUACAGGGCAUUGUCUCUCAAAUGCUGUGCCUUCCACUGGUGGGAAGAGCACUGUAUGUGGAAAUGAUGAGCCUUGAGUUCAGCCUUCUGCCCCGCUCGGUCCUAAGCUAUGUGAUUGUGUAAGGGUUACUUUCUCUGGGAGUCUCCGCUGUCAAAUGGGGGCAAUUCUAGUUCCCAAGAUUACAUGGGAUAAUGUGCCUGGCAUUGGGAAUUUGGAGGGGGAGGGACUCAGAUCCUAGUCCAACGCCUAAGAGAGAAGCCAUUUAAAUACCUCGUGCCCAAUCUGUGGGACAGCGAACUUGCUCGAGUCAAAAGGGAAGGCAGGAAAAGUGCCCCACUCUAGACAGCUCAGAAUCUUCCUAAAUCUGGCAGGACUUUAGCCAAGGCUCCCGCUCAGCGAAUGUUGGUGGAACGCACAUCGUCUGCCUCUGUGGUUAGGAGGAUGGCAUUUCCCCCAUUUUACAGGUGAGGCAGCUUCAGUGUACCGCAAGGGCUCAUCUGGAAGAAUCUCUUCGAGUUCUAGCCUUAACCCUCCGUCCCGCCGGCCGCCGCAGCCAGGUCGCAGCCAGCAGAGGGCGCUGGCGGGCAUGGCCGAAGAGCGUCGCGGGGCCUGGUUCGGCUUCGGUUUCUGCGGCUUCGGGCAGGCGCUGGGCUCGGGGCGCGGGCGCCAGGUACACAGCCCCGAGCCUCUGAGGGCGCCAGGCGCGGGCCUCGAUGUCUGCCGCGUGAGCGCGAGCUGGAGCUACACCGCCUUCGUGACCCGUGAAGGAGGCCGGGUGGAGCUGUCUGGCUUCGCGGUCGGAGCGGCGGGCGGCUGCAGGGACGCGUGGGCGUCGGAGGAGCUCCUGGUGGUGCUGCGCGCGGGGCCGGGACCCGGGGCCGGGACGGAGCUGCAGGCCUGGGCGCCCGGUUCGGCGCUGCGCGGGGAGCCCCUGUGGGCCCAGACCGUGCCGGAGGCCGAGCGGGAAGACGGACCGGUCGGCGAUGAGACCCAGGCUGGGCCGCUGCCGCUGCUGCCCUGCGCUCGCGCCUACGUGAGCCCGCGGCCGCCCUUCUACCGGCCUCUGGCCCCGACACUGCGGGCGCGCCGGCUGGAGCUGGGCGCUGAGCACGCGUUGCUGCUGGACGCGGCGGGCCAGGUGUUCUCCUGGGGCGGGGGCAGGCACGGACAGCUGGGCCACGGGACUCUGGAGGCAGAGCCGGAGCCGAGGCUGCUGCAGGCGCUGCAGGGCCUAACCAUGGCUGAGGUGGCCGCAGGUGGCUGGCACUCUCUGUGUGUGAGUGAGGCUGGGGAUAUUUAUAUCUGGGGCUGGAAUGAAUCAGGGCAGCUGGCCCUGCCCACCAAGAGCCUGGCAGAGGAUGGAAAGACAACCGCAGAAGCCUCAGGACUGAAUGAAGAUGGUUCUGAAGUGAAGACAGUAGCCGGGGGUGAGGAUGGAGCCCCUGCCCCCUUCAUAGCUGUCCAGCCCUUCCCGGCUUUACUGGACCUCCCCCUGGGCUCAGAUGCAGUCAAGGCCAGCUGUGGAUCCCGGCACACAGCGGUGGUGACAAGAACGGGGGACCUCUACACCUGGGGCUGGGGUAAAUAUGGACAGCUUGGCCACAAAGACACGACCAGCUUGGAUCGGCCCUGCCGUGUGAAGUACUUUGUAGAUAAGCAACUCCAAGUAAGGACCGUGAGCUGUGGGCCCUGGAACACCUAUGUGUAUGCUGUGGAAAAAGAGAAGAGCUGACAUGUAUAGAUAAGGGCAUAAAAUGAAUGUAGAGUGAAAAAUUAUGAAGCUAACACCUGUGAAACUCCCCCCAGGUCAAGGAAAACCAUUGCCAGCACCCCAGAGGCCCCACAUUUGGCCUUCCCUAUCACAGCUCCACCUUAGAGCAGGCAGCAUCCUCAACUUUGUCUUCACAUUAGAAACACCUGGAGGGAACUCCCUGGCGGUCCAGUGGUUAGGACUCUGCGCUUUCACUGCCUGGGGCAUGGGUUCAAUCCCCAGUCUGGGAACUAAGAUCACACAAGCCGCGUGGCACAGUGUGGCCCAAAAAAAAAAAAGGAAAAGAAAGAAACACCUGGAGAUUUGAAACUGGAUGCCUAAAGCCAGCAUCGCAGACACAAUGAAAUCAGAACUUAGGGGUGUGGAACCUAGAUGUGGAUAGAUUUUUUAGGCUGCCCCACCCCUGGUGAUUUGGAGGUAGUGCUAAGAUUGGGAACCACUAGAGGUCAUCUUCUUUUGUUAUUCAUAUACCUGUUUUCAUUUUGACUCAUACCAUUCCUUGUAUGCAUCUUUAUACAAUAUAAUUUGUCUGCUUUUGAACUUUAGGUAAAUAGAAUCAUUCUGUGUAUGUUCUUUUACGUCUUGUUUUUUCAUCAGCACCGUGUGAUUCAUCUGUGGUGUCGUGCAGUUGAUUCAUUUUUUAUUGUUAUAUGGUAUUCCAUUGUAUGAAUUAUACCUCAAGUUAUAUAUUCUCUUA